AUGCCUAGAAGGCAGAGUAGUUUACGCUCAAGAAUCAAAAUAGGUUCGUUACUGGAAGCCAAGGACGCGUAUGAAAAGUGGUAUCCUGUGAAAGUACUUGCAGUUAAAGACGAACAGGUUUAUGUUCAUUUCUGUAAUUGGAGUUCACGAUAUGAUACAUGGUAUCCAAUCAACUCUAACUGUUUACGUGUGUUAAAAAAAAGAAAUUCUGCUCAAGUUGCUACUGCUACUACUACUACUACUAUCCAAGGUCAAUCUGCUUCUCACAGCAUUCCAGCAGCGGUGGUGGAUGAUAAGGGAAGAAGAGACGCUUCAGAAAUUUCUGAUUCACAACUAGAAGUAGGCAGUUAUGUAAUGGCUUCAUGGCACAACGAUUAUGAAUAUCUUGCUGAGGUUCUAGCACAUCGUCAACGACACGGUACAGAAGCAGAAUAUCGUUUACGUUAUGUAUGGGAUCGUGUCGUCGAAUGGACACCAGUUAGCCGACUGCGUAAAGCGACACAACAUGAAAUUGACUAUGUUCUAGAUUUCUGCAAAAAGCACAGUUCAUCUGCAGUUGUUGUUAAGCUUGAUAAUAAAGCGCAGUCCCAACAUUCAGGCAAUGACGACGAUGAACUCGACUUAGAAAUGAUUCAAACUAAUAGAAAAAAUAUGCCAGACUCUCGUACUUCUGAUAUGGUGGUGGAGGUCUCUAGAAAGCCUCCUAGACGUCCUCCAACACGUCCCAAUCCCAGCGCCUCAUACAUUGCAGAUGAUGAUAAGAAAAACUCUAACUCAAUACCGUAUGAUGUCAUUGUUGAACAGGAUGGUAUGGUUUAUGAAAAAAGUGUCUUUGAAUUUCAUGAAGCUUGUCGAAGACGUCGUGAACUGAAGAGAAAAGCUAUUGGAGGAGGAGGAGGAGAAGAAAAGGCGAAUUCUCCACCAAAUCCAUGUGGUGAUGAUGACGAUGGGUUUGCAGCAGUAGCAGCAUCUUCUUUAUCUCAAGUAUCCGUAGGACAACAGGAUCCUCAGACCGCCACCACUGCUGUUGUUGACGCUGUGCUGCCACUAGCAUUUCCUACAAAUGUUGUUUCUCAGAAAGCCGAAAAUGCCUCAGUCGUUAACAUUCAACCAUCAACGUCUGCGAUUACGUCAUCCGAUGGGAAAAGUGACGAAAUACAGCAAAUCAAAUCAUCAAUGCCACAAAAGGCUUCUGCAUCUUCGGUAGAUUCUUCAUCGUCCACGUUGUCAGAAUCGUCGUCUUUCAAUUACACACAACAACAACAACAACAAAGUCGUCAACGAACUGGUUUUUUGCGCCAGAAAGGCACCAAAGUGGCCGACACUAAUUCUUCUACAGCAGAAAUACCCCAGAAGAUGCCAAUGAAGUCCGUUGCAGCAGCAGCAGCAGUCGCUACCGCUGUUGCUUAUGCCUGUCCUUACUGUCCACGUCAACUGCGUAAUUCAUGCCUGCUCAGCGCCCACAUCGCCAACUAUCAUCAUAAAAAGGCGUCAUCAUCAUCAUCUAGGUCUACGAAACCGUCUACAACAGUUUCUCAAAAACCAUUUGCACUACGGGAAUCAUCUCAAGCAGCAGCAGCUUCAGCAGCGAAUAAUUCCAGACCGCUUUCAAAACGAAAACAAAGUGCACCGAAAUUCACUUGCCUCCUCACUUGUUAUCGAUGCAAUACACGAACAACAACCUACGUCAGUGACGAGGUGGUACCUGCUGGUCUUGUUCAAUGCGGAUAUUGUCUGUGUUGGCAACAUUGUCGCUGUUAUGGAUUACCAUUGGACAUGAAUUCAUUGGCAGUUAAAACACUUAAAUUCCCUUUCUCAUUUGUUUGUGAUUGCUGUCGAAUGGUAUUACGCCCAGUGAGAAGAUCCCGUCAAAAUGAAUGGCAAGCUAGUAGUCGUAGUCGUAGUAGUAGUAGUGGUCUGCUACAGCAGUUGCCGCCUAACGGUUGUUCAGAAUACACUCAGCGAGAUUUGUUUGCCCAGGUGACAGCUGUUUUGAAUAAAACCUGUCAGUUACGUCCGUUAAUCCAGUCUGGUCAGUAUAUGCUGAACAAGUCGUCAUCGUCGUUGCCUCGGUGGACUUAUGAAACUAAGCAAGAUAAAGAGGAAGAAGAAGAAAAAGACGGUGGAACAACCAGGUGCAAAACUGUACGUCAAGAAGAUGCAUCAUCAUCAUCAUUAUCAUCGAAGUUAAGGGAAGUUGAAAGUUCGAAAUUGUGUACAACAACAACUACUACUACCACUAAACAACAUACAGCCUUCGAUUCGCAUACACCUGAAGAUCAAGUUAAUCGUCUCUACAUGGAGUUACGAGGCAUUGCAUUUGGAGAGAUAUGUGAAUCAUCAGGAUCAUCAUCGUCAUCAGCGGGCAGUGGUGACAAUGCUCUCGCCAACAUCAUGGAUAUUUCACACGUCGUUCCAAUUGAUAGUAAUAAUAAUAAUAAUAAUAAUCCUAAUCCUACAACAACAUUCCCGAUUACACCGGAAUCGGAGGAAUGUUGUGAAUGUCCUAACACCAGUUGGGUAUUAGAUACUUCUGUUCAAAUGGAACCUCUUCCUGUUGACGACAGUAUGGUGGAGGGAUCACAUGAUCUGUCAGGACUAUUACUACUCCAAGACCUUGGCGCUGAUAUUAUUCCAGAGAUUUCAAGUCUUAACGUCGUCGUCGGUGCUGAUGGUGGCGGUGGUGGGGGAGUAGUAGUGACCAGUGAUCAGAGUACUCUGAACUCCUCAUGCUGCGGUGACCACCACUUGAUGGAGCAAAGUAGACAGCUGCCUUCUUCUGCUUCUUCUUUAUGCGGUGAUUCUGCCAGUAUGCAGCUGUUACUGCCUUCACUCCCCGCCUCUCCUGACAAACACGCCAGCCAGUCGUCAACUGCUGAUCCAAAAGAACAAAUUUUAAAUCAUCAUCAUCAAAAUGAAGAAAUUUCAGCCAUAGAAUCGAAGAGGAGCACUUCUACUCCAUUGACUACACCUACAAAACUCCUAAUGAGUCAAUUGAAUUCAGCUGUCGGUGCUGAUAUCAUGAAUUUACCGAUUCCAAGUGGUGCAAGAUCAAUCAUCUCCGAUUUACUAAAAAGUCCUUUGAGUGAUGACUUCAUAGCGUCAGCUUGUGGAGUUAGUCAAUCGUCGCCUGAACCAAAAGCAGCAGCAGCUACCGACAGUAGUCGUAGUGGUGGUGGUACUUUGAAUGUUUCAUGCGCAUCGAACGAGUUGUCACAUGUUUCAUCAACAUCGGUGAUGUUAAAUCCUCUCGAAAUUGACUGGUUGGAAACAGCUACUACUACUACUACUACUACCAAGGAGGAGCAUCCUUUAAAUACCUCGAACAAUCCAACUGAUCAAACUCCUGUGUUGAAUGAUUUUCCAGAUAUUUCUAACCACCACCCUGUACCCGAUGAUGAUGAUAAUCAUAAUGACACUGGCAGUGAUACGUCGUCGGCGUCGUUGUCGUCUUCGCCCCUUUUGUCAGAGGAAGAAGAACAACACCAACAACACGAGAAGCUGUCUCAGGCACAGAAUAAUUUGAUGCAUUUAGAUGAGAAGAUUUUGUCACCGUUUGAAAAGGCUUUAGACUCAAUGGAGGCUUAUUUGGAUGCUAUCACAAUGCGUGUAAACAGUUUUGAACAAUUACUACUCAAACGUAAUAGCAAUCGAUACAACCAGAAUACUACUGUGAUGAUGAGUAAUCCUCAUUCAAUGGGUUACAAUAACAACAAGACUUACAAGGUUGCGCAAAGAAGAAGAAAAUUACCCGGUGAAAAUAGCAGCAACGUUGUUCAUCCACGCGGAGAUUUCAAACGUCCACCACCACCGCCUCAUUAUCAUCAGAUGUUGUCGAGUAGGGGUGGGGGUGGUGGCGGUCGCAGUCGCAGUCGUAGAAAAUACUCAUCAUCAUCAUCACCAUCGAUGAUUAUUCCUUAUCGUGGAGAAUAUCAAACUCUUAGAGAUAAUAUGCGUUAUUCAGAGAAUUAUGUGAAUAGUACUCACAGUGCUGCUGCAGCCACAGCGACAACUCAACGCAUCCCCUACUAUGCGCAGAACACGGCGGUAGCCGCAGCACCGCUGGCAGCAUCACAACAACAACAAUAG